CUUACAUUAUCAACAUUUCAAAAACUUAAUAAUGUUUAUCACAGAAGAUGGAAAAAAUAAUUAUAAAUUAGGUUUAGGUAGAAAUCUAACAGAUGAUCUAAGAACUAAAUAUGUCAUUCUUUUAUUUGGCCGCUGUUAAGGGUGACAUGCCGGUACACUUGUUAGAGACUGUCGUUAUCAAGAGGUUAGAAUAUAUAAAGGCGAUUAUUGCUAACGAAGAACUUUCUUACAACGAAUAUGUUGUAGAAGGCAGCGUGUAUGACGUCGUGGGACACUACACGUUAUGUAUCGUAGCUAUAUUAGAAGGCAGGGAGGAGUUCACCCAGUUUAUUAUCAAAGGGGAAGAUAGCUUGUUCAGGCGCAGGCUUAAAGCCUUGUCGGCUUACGACUUGAGAUCUUUCGUAAAAAAACUAUUAAGAGUUAUAAGGAAACUCCACACAGAGGUAUACUUCCUUGAACCCCUGAGAACACUGUGUCAACAUCUCAUGCUGCGGGACAUGGCACACCAUGUAUGUUCGCUCUGUAACGAGAAGUGCUCCUUGCACAGUUUCACAGUCAAGUUUAAACACUGUCUGACGUUUAUUGCUAAAAGACAAAUUGUGCUGAAGAAUGGUAUUGCUCAAAUACCCUGUAGCAAAUGGAAAACAUAUCUAGUUAAACUUUUUAAUACCAAUCUAAAAAAUAGAAUGGUUAACACUGACUUGGAUGUCUUGAGGAAUGAUCCCAGGAUUACUGAGCUGCUGAAAAAGGUAGUUAAAGUAAUUAGACCCUUAAAAAGGCAUAAUAUUAAUAUUUUAAGAAGUGUAGAAGUGGACAUAACUUCAAAAAUGUUUCCACCUUGCAUGUUUAACUUGCAUCAACAUUUGAGAAAUACCCACAGGCUAACUCAUGACCAGAGGUUUUUGUACAGUCUGUUUCUCAAAGAUCUGGGUAUGCCGGUGGAUGAAGCUAUUAUAUUUUGGAGAAAAGAGUAUGCUCUGGCUCCCAACGGGAAGUCUGCAUGUUGCCACAAUUGGGCAAAGGAUGAAAAGAAGUUUGUGUAUGGAAUUAGACAUAUGUAUGGUUUGGAAGGUCGUAGGAAGGAGUACAGUUGUAGAAGCUGCCACCAAAUACAAAAUUCAGACACAACUUAUUCAGAAGGAGGGUGUCCAUUCAAAUCUUUUGAUAACAAUAAAAUGGAACAAAUUCUGAAUAUUUCAAAAACAACCCCCUUACUGUCACACAUUAGAGAACUCAAAACUCAAGAAAAGUAUACAUCAGCUUGUAUGAUGUACUUACAAUAUAGGAGGUGCAACUCCAAUAAAUCACCUAAUCUAAACUGUGAUAGCAUUUACUUUAAUUUUACACCAGUUAAAUACUAUAUUACUUUAGCAAGUAAGUAGCUCUUCAAACUAGAUAAUGACUAAUGAAGUGUGUUAUUUAAUAGGGGUUUUAAUAAAUUGUUUCACUUUA